ACUUUCCUUUGCACGCCGUCGGUCCGAGGCGCCAUGAUAUCGCUUGAUGAUGACGUCAAUCAUCCUCGCUGCUCUGUUUCAUACCACCACCAGCGCAAAGUUGUCCCGACAUGCCUUCUGCUCUCAUACUUAUAGCUGAUGGAACGGAGGAGAUGGAAUUUACCAUCACCUGCGACACUUUCAUCAGGGCGGGAAUCGUCUGUGAAUCGGCUUUUGUGCCCGAAAUCACAAAAGAUAAUCUUGCAAGUUCUGCCAGUCCUCCGGCUGCCAAAGGAUCUCGUGGGAUCCGUAUCUUGCCUGAUCUAUACUUCGAAAGCAGCAUCUGUGGACCAGACAAGUACGAUGCGCUUAUUAUUCCCGGAGGCGCAAAGGGGGCAGACACCAUGUCUAAAUCCAAAGAGGUUCAAGUUCUUGUGAGGAAAUACCUAGACGAAAAGAAGUAUGUGGGAAUGGUCUGUGCAGGUAGUCUCGCUGCGUUAAGGUCAGGCCUUAGCAGACAACCUUUGACGUCUCAUCCUGGCGUGAAAGACCAGCUCGUUGCAGACUUCGACUACUUUGAGGAGCCCGUAGUUAUCUCGGGAAACUUAGUAACUAGCCGUGGUCCAGGCACCACAUUCCCGUUUGCUUUGACUCUCGUUGAGCUUUUGUGUGGCGCCGACAAGCGCAAGGAAGUAUCUACGCCAAUGGUGUUUCCCCCGGGUACACCAUGGUAAAUCCUAGCAAAACACGAACUGCAAUCGUGUACGAAGCGAAGUGAAACCAAAUCAAUUGUCAUUCGGAGCGUUUGCCCAAGUGUCCGUGACGAGCAAGAUUGGAAUGUAGCCUUCUGUCGAAAGGAAGGGAGAAUCGGGAGGAGGUUUCAGCAAAAUCACAAUGUAAUCCUGGAUAUUGUCAGAAUAAAUAUUUUGAGAACAAAAACUCUAUCGUACCUUCA